CAUGAUGUCAUCACAGCAUGCUAUAAGGGCUCUGACAAAUAGCCUGGGAGACACUUUAGAGGAAACACCGCUCAACUGACGGACUGAGGAGCGAGACGAGCCAAGAUUAAAAAGUGGAACGGGCAUGUGAUACUUUGCAGGAGUUAUCUGUGCCCUGGUAUAUUUACAGUGCAUGGGAAGCAGGACUCACAACAACUACCUGUUGAGAUGGCGAAUACCACCUCCCCAACAGCAGGCGGGAACAACUCGUCAUCUACACAACCCUUUGGAGAAACAGUCAUGAUCCUGCUGGGCAUAAUUAUGUCUGUACUCGUAUUCGUCAUUGUCUUUGGAAACAUUCUGGUCAUAACAGCCAUUGCCCGCUUUCAACGUCUGCAGAAUGUCACCAACUGCUUCAUCACAUCCCUGGCCUCUGCCGACCUGGUCAUGGGUCUCAUCGUUAUUCCUUUCGGUGCAAGUAACAUCAUUUUCGAUAAAUGGCACUUUGGUAAAUUCUGGUGUGAUUUCUGGACUGCCACUGAUGUCCUCUGUGUGACCGCCAGCAUAGAGACAUUGUGUGUCAUAUCCCUAGACCGAUAUUUGGCCAUUACUUCACCGUUUCGCUACCAGUCAAUGUUGACAAAGUGCAAAGCUCGACUUCUGAUUCUUCUGGUGUGGGUGAUUGCUGCGCUGAUAUCCUACCCUCCCAUCUUCCUGGAAUGGGGGGCGCUAACAAAUGAUACUAAAGCUGAGGAGUGCCGUGCCAGGAGUGACUGUUGUGAGUUUUAUGUCACUACGACCUAUGCCAUCACCUCCUCUAUCAUCUCAUUCUACAUCCCUUUGUUCAUCAUGAUUUUUGUGUACAGCCGUGUUUUCUGGGAAGCCAGGCUACAGCUGAAAAAGAUCGACCAAAGCGUUGGACGCUUUCACAACACCGACAACAGUGACCUAAAGUCUCUAGACUCUAAAAGUGGACGGGGACUAAAAAAGGCAAAGUUCUGCCUUCGAGAACAUAAAGCCCUAAAGACGCUGGGUAUAAUCAUGGGGGUGUUCACUUGCUGGCUGCCAUUCUUUUUGUUCAACGUGGUGGUGACCAUAAUGCGCUGGGAGUGGGACCCCAAAACCCUCUUCAAGAUACUCAACUGGAUAGGUUAUUCAAACUCGGCAUUCAAUCCCCUCAUUUACUGCAGGAGUCCUGAGUUCAGGUACACUUUCAAGGAAAUCCUCUGUCCAAAGAACAACAUCUUGAGCAACUCAGGACCAGCCAACGGAUACUUCUACAGCCGCAAUAGCUGGCAGAGUGAAAUGCAGGGACGGAGCAAGGGCAGCUCAGACGACAGUGAUGCCAAUGAAAAGUGUCUGGGGAAGGAGUCAGAGGUCUGUGGCGGAGAGGACAAAGCCAUGGACCCUAAUGGAAACUGCAACAAAGCCCUAGCAACUGUAAUGACAAGCCUGUAAAGUUGGAGCGCUGGGACUUCAGUCAUCAGGGAAACCCAGAUGUGUUUACACUGCCUUCACGGACUUAUUUCCCAAAAUGACAAUUGAAGGUAAGGCCAGUCAAAGUGCCUGACUGACUGCAUUGGUCCUCUUGAGUUGAGAGACAUAUUUAUUUCCCCAUCAUUUCCACAUUUAAUACUGUAGGAAGAUAAUUUUCCAUUUUUAUUUUUUUUUACAUGUAAGAUUUCUUUAAGCUACCUCAUAACUGCUUUGCAAUACAUUUUGUGUUAACUGUCUCUUACAUUGUGCCCACUUAAGUUAAACUAGGCGGGUGUCUCAGAUGUUUUUACCAUAUAAAAAAAAAUGGUGUGUCAGUGGCAUAAUUACAGACUAUUAUGGCCUCAGAUAGAGCUCAUCUUCAUAUGUUCUGUCUUGUAGAUGUAAGGAGAAGAUGCAACGAUUCUCACCGGCGUCGUUUUCUUUCUAAAUCAGCAAGUAAAUUGCGUGAGUCAGUUUAAUUCGAACACGCCUGCUUGGCGUCUUCGACAAGGAAGAGAUCUGCAUCAAAAGUUUCCAAGCUGAUGGGUUGCACCGCAUUGGUGCUUUGUGUUACGAGUACAUUCUGAUCUGCUAAGAUAACAAUCUGUCAUAUUUCUCUUCUUUUUUUUUUUUUUUUUUUUCUGGAUGUGGUAAUGCUAAAGAUUAGUAACAUGUGAAACUUUAGACCUGUGUCUCCUGUUCUUGCGGUGUGGCGUGCCGCUGCGUUAGAGUCUGCUGUCAGCGGGACACUUCAGAGAUACGAACGGAGAACAACGCCCGUAUUUGCACCCAGUUAGUGCUCUGACAAAACUUGAGAGUGUGUGUUUAAGUUUUUUGAAGUUCUAAAGAUAGCCGAUAUCUUCAGGCAGAGAGCAGAUUGCAUAAUGAAAAUGCUGCAGCCUAGUCGUCAGUGCCUGUGAUUUUAGUCAUUUUUGUAAAUUAUUUGAUUGAAUUUAAACAUUUUGCAACUGAUUAGUCUACAACUAUGCUGUUCAUGCUGUCGACAGGCUCUAAUGCGCAGCACGCCAUUGCACAGGAGUUCCAAAACACUUUUAGCAUUUUCUAUCCUCGCUGUGAAACAGUAGCUUUGUUCCUUUACUGGCACAAGCCUUGCUAAUUUUCAAAAAAAAAAAAAAAAGAGAAAAGAAAAAAAGUGUAGCUGCUGUGUUUCAGUACGUCCAGUGUUUACUGCAACCAGAACGUCUGUUUCCUCAUCGCGCCAGGAAGGGUACAAACCACACAUAAUAAUAAUAAUAAACAAGGCGUCAACAGUUCUAGGGCCCAGACACAGUGCUGGUCACUAUAUGCCAAUAAAUAUUGGAUAAAAAAAAAA